CGUCACACAUGUAGCACAACAUGGCCCCUGCCAGCCGGGCUGUGGCGGCGGCUCUCUCUCUGCUCUACCUGAGUCGGGUUAUCUUCUCCACCGAGUAUUUCUCCGCCAUCACGCUGUUCAACAACGACCUCCACAAACAGGGCUGCAGCUCGCUGUCCGAGUGGGAGGAGUACGCGGCCGACUGCGAGUCGUCGAUCUUACAGCUGGAGGAUCCAGACUGUGAGGAGGGAAGCAACCCGCCCUGCGAGUCUGUCUUCUCUCUCAACGCAGAGAAGAUCCUGAAUCAAGCAAAGUUGUUUAUAGAACAGAAAAAAAUCCCCUUCCCCGUAGAUAACCACAACACAAACGAAGAACUCGCUAUAGGCUACGUUCUGAUAGGCAACGGCCUUUAUGAUGAAGCCAUCAAGCACUUCUCGCUCUUACUACAGGGCGACCCAGAGCUGGUCAGCGCCAUCUACGGGAGAGGGAUCGCCUACGGAAAGAAAAGUCUACAGGACAUAAAGAAUGCUGACUUGGCGUUGUACGAGCUCAACAGAGUCAUCACCCUCGAGCCCAACUGGCCCGAAGUCUACGAGCAGAGAGCAGAGAUCUUGUCUCCUCUGGGUCGUAUCAGUGAGGCUCUGGGUGAUCUGACCAAAGCCAUCCAGCUGCAGCCUUCAGCUCGUCUCUACAGACACAGAGGAACGCUGCUCUUCAUCUCAGAGGACUAUGUGGCAGCUAUGGAGGACUUCCAGCAGUCUCUGGAGCUGAAGAAGAAUCAGCCAAUCGCUAUGCUGUAUAAAGGCCUCACCUUCUUCCACAGAGGGAUGCUCAAGGAAGCUAUUGAGACAUUCAAAGAGGCACUGAAGUUAAAGUCUGACUUUAUAGAUGCCUAUAAGAGUCUGGGACAAGCCUACAGAGAGCUGGGUGACUUUGAGUCAGCAAUGGAGAGUUUCCAGAAAGCCCUCAUGCUGAACCAGAACCACAUCCAGUCUCUCCAGCUGCGAGGCAUGAUGCUGUACCACCACGGCUCGCUGCAGGAGGCCAUAGGCAACUUCAAGAGGUGUCUGCAGCUGGAGCCCUACAACGAGGUGUGUCAGUACAUGAAGGGCUUGAGUCACGUGGCCAUGGGUCAGUUCUACGAAGGCAUCAAAGCUCAGACUAAAGUCAUGUUGAACGACCCGCUCCUGGGGCAGAAGGCCAGCUCUGAAUACCUCAAAGUGAAAUACCUCAGAGAGUACUCUCGCUACCUGCACUCCCACCUGGACAUCCCAGUAGCAGAGUACAACGUGGACCAGGACUUACCGGGGAACUUCAAGAACCACUGGGCCAAGAACCUGCCGUUUCUAAUAGAGGACUAUGAAGAACAGCCGGGCCUGCAGCCACAUAUCAAGGACGUGCUGCCGCAGAACUUCGACAGCUACAGCAGUGAAGUUCAGAAGCUGAUCUGCACGGCCGACCACCUGGGGGCGCUGAUGCAAUACGACACUCCCGGUUUCUUACCUAACAGGAGAAUACACAGAGCCAUGGGAUUAGCGACCCUGGAGGUGAUGCAGGCCAUGCAUCGAACGUGGAGCAACUCCAAAGUGCGAGUCAACGGCAAGACCAGGCAGAUGCAGUGGAGAGACAUGUUCGACAUAGCUGUCAAAUGGAGGAGGAUCGCAGAUCCAGACCAGCCGGUUCUGUGGUUAGACCAGAUGCCUGCCAGGAGUCUCAGCCGAGGCUUCAACAAUCACAUCAAUCUCAUCAGAGGGCAGAUUAUCAACAUCAGAUAUCUGGCCUACUUCGACAACAUCCUGGACUUCAUCAAAGACAGAAUAUUAGUCUACCACAGGGCGUACAACCCCAGAGGACUCUUAGAGGUCCACCAGGCACUCGAAAAUGUGAAUAAAGUAGAAGAUCUUCUUCCUAUAAUGAAGCAGUUUAACAGUAAAACCAGAGAUGGAUUCACAGUCAACUCCAAGGUCCCGAGCAUGAAGGAUCCUGGGAAAGAGUACGACGGUUUCACCAUCACCAUCACCGGAGACAGGGUGGGAAACAUGUUGUUCUCAGUAGAGACUCAGACCACAGAGGAGCGGACGCAGCAGUACCAGUCAGAGAUCGAGUCCAUCUACAAAGACCUCACAGCCAAAGGAAAAGCUUUAAUGCUGUCCACUGAACUGGGGGAUGCAGAUGCUGUUUGUAACCUGAUCCUCUCCUUGGUGUAUUACUUUUGCAACCUCAUGCCUCUCUCCAGAGGAUCCAGUGUGGUGGCCUACUCGGUCGUGAUGGGGGCUCUGAUGGCCAGCGGGAAAGAGGUCAUCGGUAGGAUCCCUAAAGGAAAGCUGGUGGAUUUUGAAGCCAUGACGACACCGAGUCCAGACAGCUUCAGUAAAACAGCAAAGAACUGGAUGAAUCUCAAGAGUUUACCAGGUUGGUACCAGAGUCUUCCAUCUGUAGCAGAGACCUUCCCGUCCACCAGAACGAUGAUCGAGGUCCUCAACACAGACUCGUCCUCACACUGUCCCAAGAAGUCUUAACAUCACUUCUACACAGGAGAGAAGUCUGUUUUAAUAAAAAGUCUCAAUGGAGCUUCUACACUGGGCAGACGAAGGGACUGUCUGCUUCUGCAACCCAAACCAACGUAGUCCUGAGUUUACUUAAAGCAUCAGAAGAUCAUCCAAACAAAGAAAAUCAGACGCUCGAUAGAACCCAGAGGAUUAUUUGACCGUUAUUUAGCUACGAUUGGAUCUUAUUUUGGUAUCGAAUCACCUGUUUUGUUCUCUGUCAUCCUCCUUUAAUCUCUCACACUAUUAAAAAAAACCACAUUGUAGGCUGAUUUCAUCACAACAUCCCUCAUUUUUCAUUUUCAUACAAGCUCAACGAUUAAAAUCUUCAACAUCACAGCAAAUGUUUAGUUCACCAUCGUCUCAUCGAUGAUAUCAACACGCGGCUGCUGGUUCCAGUUAACUCAACCAGUUAUGUGAUGGUUUGUCAACAGCCGGACCUCCAUUCUGAUGAAUAUUCAUUCAUUCUGCUGUUUAAAUUUAGUCUCAUAUGACACAAAACAAGGUUUAUAAAGCUCAGUAUGAACAAAGAAAUACUGAAAUAUGGGUGCUUGUUCUUCACACUCCAGCUGUGUUUUUAAGGAGACGUGACAGAGACGCAGGGAGUCGGACGGUAGUUUGUUUGUUUGGGCUGCAGAAGUGAUCGUGUCCAACCCCCCCUCCCUCCUCCCUCUCCCCCCCCCUUCUCUCUUUCUCUGCUUCGUAGGCCUUCAGCUCAUCACACUGAAAACACCCAAAGCACAAAGUUUAUCCCAUCAACCAUCAGCAUGAACAAUCCUAUGUUGCGUAGUUUAGAUCAUGGCUGAACCUUUUAGCUUUAUCUCACCUAGACUUUUAAAAAAAUCAGAUGUUAAUAUUGUUUAGGACUGUCUGGUAUCUAAAAGAAGAAGACAAAAAGUUUUUAUUUAAUAUUCAAAGAUUGUUAAUUGGCACUUUAAACAUUUCUUUUAACCACUGCUGGCCCAGCCUAUCAGCAGAGAGAGAGGACAGGGAUUUUAAAGAUAUGAAACAAACUUCAGGGCUAUUGAAUUCCACUUGCGAUACUUGAACAUAUAAAGAAAAAAAAAAAAAGCUCUUUUUUUUUUUAAGUUUGUUUUCUUGACAGCUGUGGGGUUUUAAUGUACUUUGAGCCCCGCGUUCUUUUAAUGUGACCAACAAAGGGUUAAUAUAAAGGAGGGUUGACUGCUGAACCAGAAUCAGAAGGACAGUCAGAGACUUUACAGCAGCAGAAACUCAGUUUAGAUUAUUUAAAUAUUCCCAAAUAUCUGCUGGUUUCAGCGUCUCAAAUGUUUAGAUUUUCUGCAGUUUUACGUCUUUAUAAAGUGAAAGUUCAUGUGAGAUUAUCACAAUCUGAUAUUUAUAGACUAAAUGAUAAGAAAUCGAUUGAUUAUAAUCGUUAGUUGCAGCUCUCAUCAUGUCAUUUCAAGACAAGUUCUGCAACUAAUGUUUAUUUUCAUUGUUCAAUUAAUCUGUCAAUCAUGUUUUGAUUGAUCAAUGAAUCAUUUAGCCGAAGUUGACAUCUUCAAAUUGCUCGUUUGACCAAAACAGCAGCUCAUUAACGUCGAAUCUGUUCAAUUUAUUAAGAUUUAAAACGGAGAAAAGUAACAAAUCUUCACAUUUGAGAAGCUGGAAGAAGAUGAUUUGAUUUAUAAAUGACAUAAACAGUUAAUAGAUUAACAGAUUCUACUGGAUAUUAAUCCUCAGAUUAGAUGACUCAGCAGUAAUAAUAAGCUAAAUUCAGUUUUAUGUUUCAUAUCCAAAUAAAUAAAAACAGAACCUGGUUAUUUGUCUUCAUUAAAUAAAUAUUAAAUAGAAAGAAGCUUCUGUUUGCUUCUCAGUUAAACGUCUCUGACUGUCGGAUCUGUUGGAUUAAUUAUUAAACGGUGGGAAAAACGAACCACGUACUGUAUUUCCAUUGUUAUCAUUCCUUUCGCUUUGCAUCGGAUGCUGUCUGUUCUCACGUUGCUUUUCUUUUGGAUUUCUUUUUCUUAUUAUCUCAUGAAAUAAGUUUGUGUUUGUGUGACAAACCUUUUGGAGCAACAGUUUGGGAGUCAGGAGGUCGAAUCCUUCUAAACGUCUUAAAUCUCCAGAUAACGUCUGUAUUUUUUUUAUUUUGUCAUUUUUUAUGUCAGUUUCCUUCGUAUGUGACUGAGAUCAUCUCACAUCGCAGCGUCUCUUCGUCUCGUCCCGGCUCGCAGAUCUCUGGAGAAAAUCUUGUCUAACGAGUUUUAAUUAGUUUGAAUAAAAUCAACCUUCACAAUAAGACACAAACUCAUCAAGAAAAUAAAAGCACACAGAUUCAAAUCAACGUAAAACCAACUGUAAGAAGGAUUUAAAACAAAUAACAUCGAAGCAUUUAAAGGAUAAAAACACUUAAAGUUCAAAUAAAAAAAACUUUUAUUUCCGUAAUUAGCUUUAAAUUAGCAAACAUGUGACUGCAGGUUUUUCUCCAGACCGCUGCGACGUCGACGACGAGGCGGGAAACGUUGCUCAAUAACAUGAAUGACUGAGUAGAUUUCUGUGGAAGUUCAACGAUGCAAAAUAUAAAACUGAUGACGUGUAAUUCCUGUUCAUAUUGUUAUAAUUUUUUGGAAAAUGGGUUAAAGCUGUGAGGUUUGUUUUUUGUUUUGUUUUUUUUGGAUGAUUGGUGUAAAUGGGAAUGUGAUGUUUACAUGCAGCUGCUGCCGGUGUUUCAUGACUCAUCCCGGUGAGUUUAAGCACAAGGAGGAAAAUUCAUGGGAGCGAAUCUGAAAGUAUUCAGUUUAUUGAACAAAUUUCAGCAACUUUUUUUUUUUUUUUUGUCUAUUUAAUUUUGAUUUCGAGGCCUUUUGAUGCUAAAGUAUCAUCACUGAAAGUCAUGUCAGUAGUUCUUCAUUGAAUGUCCACUUCAUUGAUUUAACGGUUUCAUUUUAUUUCCAGAACAAAUCGACUCGCUUUAAAUCUGAUUUAUUAUUUCACAUCAUCACUGACAGACGAGGUCCCAGAUUGUUUUGCUUUGCUUCGUCUUCGUCUUCAUAUCAAUGAUUGUGCCGACUGGUUGUCGUUUCCCCUUUUGCUGCGGCGGGCAGCAGAGCGAAGGAGCGAACAACUUCUCUUAAAGCUUAAAACUUGAAGGAGGGAUUUUUUUUUUCUAUUGAAUGAAUGAAUGAAUGUUCAGCAGUCAAUAAAACAGGUUGACGAUUUUAA